GCCUAGCACGCUGCGUGUGUAUGUACAUGGUGUGAGGUCUUGGUGCGCGUGCAGUCUUUCUGCAGGUGUCUGCUGUUACAGUGUAUACUACGCCGUUUAUUUAUUUACAGUCUUCCUCCGCUUGUAAACAACGGGAGAGUUAUGGCGGAGCCGGUAGCCGCGAUGUGCGACCAGCUAAUUAAAGCUGUGAAUGUGAUGAUGGACGCGGAGUCGAGCCAACGAUACCGCCUGGAGGCCCUGAAGUUCUGCGAGGAGUUCAAAGAGAAGUGUCCAUUUUGCGUUCCCUGUGGUCUGCAACUGGCCGAUAAGGCACAGUCACCGGUCAUCCGACACUUCGGCUUACAAAUAUUGGAACACGUUAUCAAAUUUCGCUGGAACAACAUGCCCCCUCAAGAAAAGGUCCAGUUAAAGAACUGCGCGAUGGGGUUAUUGUCAAAUGGCACGCGGCCCAUCAUGGAGGAGGAGAGCCAUAUCAAAGACGUGCUCUCGCGCAUCGUGGUGGAGAUGAUCAAGCGCGAGUGGCCGCAGCACUGGCCCGACAUGCUGACCGAGCUGGAGGCGCUCACCGGUCUGGGGGAGGCGCAGACGGAGCUGGUGAUGCUGAUCCUCCUGCGGCUGGCCGAGGACGUGGUGACGUUCCAGACCCUGCCCACGCAGCGCAGGAAGGACAUCCAGCAGACCCUGACCCAGAACAUGGAGAGCGUGUUCAGCUUCCUGCUCACCAUCCUGCAGCGCAACGUGGACGAGUUCCGCCGCCUGAAACGAGUUCCAAGUCAAGAACUGAAGGCGAAGGCUCACUGUCGGGUGGGCGUGGCCACGCUGAACACCCUGGCGGGCUACAUUGAUUGGGUGGCACUGGCGCACAUCACCAAUGAGAACUGCCGGCUGCUGGAGAUGCUGUGCCUGUUGCUAGGGGAACCCGAGCUCCAGCUGGAGGCAGCGGAGUGUCUGCUCAUCGCUGUCAGCAGGAAGGGGAAGCUGGAGGACAGGAAGCCGCUGAUGUUGCUGUUUGACGACGUUGCCAUGCACUACAUCCUGUCUGCCGCUCAGUCUGCAGAUGGAGCGGCAGUAGCAUCUCCGCUAUCCAGCACACAGUCAGGGGAGGUGGUGGGCGUGGUGGAGAGGGACUACACCUUCCUGAAGAGGCUGUGCCAGGUGCUCUGUGCGCUGGGCUCCCAGCUCUGCGCCCUGGUGGGCUCCAGUGUUGAAGUGGAAGUCCCUGCCAACCUCCACAAGUACCUGGAGGCAUUUCUGGCCUUCACCACCCACCCCAGCCAGUUUUUAAGGUCUUCCACCCAGAUCACAUGGGGCACCUUGUUCAGGCAUGAGGUUUUGUCGAAGGACCCCGUCAUUGUGAAGAUGACCGUGCGCUACCUGAAUGCCACCGUGCACAACCUGGUGAAGACGGGGUUCCCCUCCAAAAACGACAGCCCAAGCUGUGAGUACUCGCGUGUGGACUUUGACAACAACGAGGACUUCAACUCCUUCUUCAACAGCUUCCGGGCGCAGCAGGGGGAGGUGGUGCGUGGCGCCUGCCGGAUCGUUCCGCUGGAGGCCUUCCACAUCGCGGAGGAGGGGCUGCAGGUCCAGAUCAGCGCCCCCAUCGACGUGGGAACCACAGCGUCUAAAACGGCUGAGGGUCUGUGCUCAGUCCUGUCCCCCUCUGCAGUGCAGUGGGACGCCAUGACCUUCUUCAGUGAAAGCGUGGUGGGGCAGCUCUUCAAGACCACCGACAAGGAGAAACUUCCCAUAGACCAGGGCAUGGAGCUGAUGCAGGCUGUGCUGAACUACAGCACGCGAGACCCCCUCAUCCUGUCCUGCGUUCUCACCAACGUCUCCACCCUGUUCCCCUUCGUCACCCACCGGCCCGAGUACCUGCCCCAGGUGCUCUACAAGCUCUUUGGCUCCAUCACCUUUGAGGUGGUAGAAGAGAGCAAGGCCCCCAGGACUCGCUCUGUGAAGAACGUCCGAAGACAUGCCUGCUCUUCCAUCAUCAAGAUGUGCAGGGACUACCCACAAUUCAUCCUGCCCUGCUUCGACAUGCUCUACACCCACGUGAAGACUCUGUUCGCCAACGAGCUGCUGCUGACGCAGAUGGAGAAGUGUGCGCUGAUGGAGGCGCUGGUGCUGAUCAGCAACCAGUUUAAGGACUACGCCAAGCAGGAGGCCUUCCUGCAGGAGCUGAUGGCCCCCGUGGCCCAGCGCUGGCAGAGUGAGGAGACCACACGGGUGCUGUGGGACCCGGUGCAGUUCCUGGCCUACGUGGGGGCGGACCAGACCAGCAUCGACCCCAUCGCCGAGGACAUGACCGGCAUCAGCAGGUCCAGGAUCAGUUUCUGUGUGUACACCGUUCUGGGCGUGGUGAAGCGGGCGCGCUGGCCUGCUGACCCGGACGAGGCCGAGGCCGGAGGAUUUGUGUGGGGCCGCAGUCCGAGCGGGGCCCCCGCCCUGCGCAACCCCUGCAGCGCCCAGGUCCUGUCCCUGCUGCCCAACCUGCUGG